AUGCAUUCUCAAAUCUUGUUCGAGACCUUUACUGGUAAAGACAUCACGGAUGCUGUGCUGGAGGAAGCAUCUACACUCUUUAGCGAAAACUACGGAAUCUGGGGGAAGGGUUCAAGCCGAGAAGGGAAACGAGUGAGACUUAGCGGACAGCGGCUAAGGGAGAAAUUGCUGCCGGAAUCCGCUCAGACUUCAAUUACCAGGGUUACUGUCAAUGGAAACCUGGCGGGACACGCGUUCGUUUGCCGUUGGGCGUGUGCUGGCAAGAAGAUCUGCUGGAUCACUCAGUUAGUGAUUGGAAAACACUACCGUGAGCAAGGACUUGCAACUUGUCUCCUUACAAGUCUUCGGAAAGAUGAGGAUGAUGUGUUUGGCAUCAUGAGUUCUCACCCAGCUGCAUGUUUAACAGCAGCGAAAGCAUUUGGAAGGGGGAUCGAGAAGGUAUCACUGGACUUUAUAAGCGAAAAUGCCGCCGAAGUCGUCAAGUCAUCGCCAAUCCCAUAUAUACGAGAUGCGGAGCUCUGCGGUAGUCUCUUCAACUCUGCCGUUGAUAUGGUUUCUGGAGCAAACACACAUUUCUUUGUCGAUCAUAAGGAGCCUUUAGAUACCCUGCGUUCGGUUCGAGAGGAGCGGCAAUGGCCAUUGGGCGAGCUGCAAGAUGGUUGCGAGUAUCUCCUGAUUCUACCUUCGAGACCUCGCAGAUCUAGAUAUUGA